UCAUUUAUCAUUUAUUACAUUACACUGUAUUCGUAUUGCCGUCAUAUUUAUAAGGAAUAAUUACUCUAUACACAUUUAAUUAUGAUUUAGAUUUUCUUAAUCUUAUUAACUAAGGCAAUUGGUGCAUUAUUGUAAUAUUAUACAAGUUUAAAAGUUUUUGUAGUAUGAGAAUACUUGUACCAAUGUGCAUUGUUACCGAAAAUAUGAAUGUGAUUUGUAAAUAGUCAGUAGAUAGUGUUGUUCAAUAUGUGGUCGUUUUUUUCUCGUGAUCCCACGAAGGACUUCCCUUACGAAGUAGGCGAUCCAGUGCGCGGCCUAGAGGACAGGAGUGUUUGGACUCUACACAAAGGCAAAAAAAGAGGCACUCAAGAUGAGGUGUCAAUAUUUUUGUUCGACGUUAACAAAAAUUCUGAAACUCUUUUUGAUAUUGCUAAAGCCUCCUUGAAAAAACUAAAGACUAUGAGACACCCAAGCCUUUUACAUUAUUUAGAUAGCUGUGAAACUGAAAAAUUUUUAUAUGUAGCCACAGAAUAUAUAGAACCUUUAGCUACUCACAUAGAAGAUAUGAAACUUGAGGGUCUGCAGCGAGACUUGUUCUUGGCGUGGGGUAUAUUCCAAAUAACUAGGGCAUUAUCUUUUUUCAAUAAUGACGGAAAUGUGAAACACAACAAUGUUUGCCUGUACUCUGUAUUUGUAACACUUGCGGGAGAAUGGAAGCUUGGAGGAUUUGAGUUCCUAACUGCCCAUGGACAGGACACCUCUAGUCCUUUACCCAUAAAAAUAUUACCAGCACUGGAGAUCUAUGAUCCUCCUGAGAAAAAAGAUCCUACUAAAUUGAAAUCUGUGACUAAAUGCUCAUCAGACAUGUGGGGUCUUGGCUGCUUAAUAUGGGAAGCAUUUAAUGGGCCUUUAACAAACCAACCGGCACUUAAAACAGUUGAUAAAAUACCAAAGCAGCUAGUCACACUGUAUUGUGAGCUUGUGAGUGCAAAUCCUGCAUCAAGACCUAACCCCGCCGACAUCAUCACAAGAUGUCGAAAAAUGGGUGGCUAUUUUAAGAAUGAUCUUAUAGAUACAAUGCUGUUUCUAGAAGAAAUUCAAAUUAAGGACAAAGUUGAGAAAGGCAAAUUCUUUUCAACGCUUAGCAGCUAUUUGGAUAAUUUUCCGGAACCAGUGUGUAUUCAUAAGAUUCUUCCUCAGUUGCUUACUGCAUUCCAUUAUGGUGACGCCGGCUCUGCUGUGCUAGCUCCUAUGUUCAAGUUGGGUAAACUAUUAGAAGACGCAGAUUACCAAAAGCAAAUAGUUCCAUGCGUAGUUAAAUUAUUCGCAUCAAACGACAGGACGACGAGGUCGAGGCUGCUACAACAGCUGGAUCAGUUCAUCAUGCACUUACAAAACUCCACAGUAAAUGACCAAAUAUUUCCUCAAGUAGUUCACGGAUUUCUAGACACCAACGCAAUCAUUAGAGAACAGACUGUCAAAUCAAUAGUACAUUUAGCACCAAAACUAAACUAUAACAAUUUGAACGUUGAAGUGUUACGGCAUUUCGCGAGACUGCAGUCUAAGGAUGACCAAGGAGGAAUUAGAACGAAUACGACAGUAUGUUUAGGAAAAAUCGCGGCCCAUCUUCAUCCUCAAAUACGUCAGAAAGUUUUAGUGUCAGCGUUUGUAAGAUCUACGAGGGAUGCCUUCCCACCGGCAAGGCAGGCUGGUGUGUUAGCUUUGGCAGCAACACAACAGUACUUCUUACUAUCUGAAGUUGCCAAUAGAGUUCUUCCUGCCCUUUGCCCUUUAACCGCAGAUCCGGAAAAACAGGUUCGCGAUGCUGCAUUUAGAACUAUUAAAGGAUUUCUUGGAAAAUUGGAAAAAGUUUCAGAAGAUCCUAGUCUUAAAGAAGGAAUGGAAGCAGACGUGCACACGGCCACGCCGUCGCUGAGCAACGCGGCGGCCACGUGGGCGGGCUGGGCCGUCACCGCCGUCACCGCCAAGUUCUACCGCUCGCACUCCGACACCGCGCGCGUGCAGCACGCCUCCAAGUCCGUGCUGUCCAAGCCGGGCUCGCUGGAACAGCCGUCAUCAAGCAGUAUGUCCACCACGACUUCGUCGGUGACGUCAAUGACGUCACUCGAGCACAGUGAGUCUGCCUCCGACUACGAUCCCGAACAUUGGGACAUGACAGCGUGGGGAGAAAUCGACUCCAGUGCAGGUACAACAGCUGCAAGCGCCAAGUCUCCGCCCAGCAGUGGGAGCGCACAAGCAACGCCAGGUCUCGCUGCUCUAUGUGAGGACGACUGGGAUAACGAAGAGUGGGGGACGCUGCAGGAACAACCCGCUGCGGAAGCGGAACUAGCAAGUCCUUCAGAGACCUGGAACAACGCUCAAUGGACUGAUAGCAACGUUAAUAAUGCGAAUGCGACUUACGUUCGCGGUCCGAGCGCGGCGCUCCGAACCGAGCAUCGAGCCGAGCACCGAACAGAGCACCAAGCCGCCGCCCACCAGAAUAGUAACGACUCGCUAGGUGGAUGGGAGGAUGGCGAGUUCGAACCCAUCGAGGAAAACGCCGACGAGAACAACGCAUCAAAAAUGGACGAAAUGAGACGUAAAAGGGAAGAGAGAAAACUACAAAGGCAACGUGAAAUGGAAGCGAGAAGAAACGCACGCGGCCAGGGACCCAUGAAACUCGGAACCAAGAUGAAUACCACUCUCCCUCCCUUCUAAACGCUACUUUAAUAUUGUAUGUAUCAUGCUCGAUUUAAUAAAAUACAACCCAAUGAUUUUACUCGUCAAAA